GCGGCGGUGACGUAUCGGAGGGCGCGCUGUCCCGAGGCAACGCGCAGGCGCGAGCGGGGAUGCGGUAGCGGCGGUUGGAGUGGUCGCGGCCCCGGCGGCGACCAUGACCCAGCAGGGCGCGGCGCUGCAGAAUUACAACAACGAGCUGGUCAAGUGCAUCGAGGAGUUGUGCCAGAAGCGAGAGGAGUUGUGUCGGCAGAUCCAGCAGGAGGAGGAUGAGAAGCAGCGGCUGCAGAAUGAGGUGAGGCAGCUGACGGAGAAACUGGCUCGAGUCAAUGAGAACCUGGCGCGCAAGAUUGCCUCUCGCAACGAGUUUGACCGGACCAUCGCGGAGACAGAGGCCGCCUACCUAAAGAUCCUGGAGAGCUCUCAGACUUUGCUCAGUGUCCUGAAGAGGGAAGCUGGGAACUUGACCAAGGCCACAGCCUCAGAGCAGAAGAGCGGCGGUGGGGGCAAGGACAGCUGACCAGCUGCAGGCGGGAGGGGCUGCCCCCCCCCCCCCCCCCCCCCCGGCACCCGUGAACAGCUGGGCCUCCAAUAAUCUGUCUUCAACGUGUCUUUGCUCUUCAUGGUAGCAGUUGUCUCCUUUCAUUGUCUUGGGUACCAAGAGGCCGUUGCCAAGCUCCACCCACCCCAGGUGAUGAGGACAGCCCUGGGCACAGCCCACCGGGUAAGGGUCCUGGCCCUGCAGGAUUUGGUGAGGCCAGGCUCUGGGUCACUCCUGCUCAGGGCCUGAGGACCCCACAUCCCCCUGUGCUGCUGGUAAAGCCCUGCUCCCUAGUCUCAGCACCAUGGCAGUGCGCUCACUGUGGUGCCCAGGCCAGGGGAGUGGGCAAGGGCCUGGGGCCCUCCACCUUGGAGCUUGCUCUCGUAGCCUAUGACUGUCAAUAAAGAUUGUCUUUGUAAAAAUA